AUGGCCGAUGCUAGAAAAGGUGGGGACAUUUUUGACAUGGCCAAAGAUGGCACGAAAAUUCCUGGCGAUGCCGGAAAGCAAAACGUCAUCAAGUCUGUUCCCAACAUACACCAAAGAGAUGGAGAAGCGGGUGGUGGAUUCGGAGCUACAACACUGCAUGAAGCUGCAGAUAACUCCUCUCUUGCUGCCGAUGAAGGCAGACCUACGGGGCUUGGUGAAGGAAUUACUGGAACUGGCAAUGCCAUCCCCCAAUCGGCUGUCGGCAAGCCUGGUGGUAGAGGAGGAACACAAGGCUCUGAAGACAUAAGAGCUGCCACCGGGGGGUUUGCCACGAAGAAUGGCCGAUCUAAUGAAGCCGCUUGA